UGUCGUUCUCGCCGGAAGAGAAGCGAGUUUCUUUGGGGGCCGGCCAUCUUGUGUGGGCAGCAAACGAACGCGCAGGGGGUGGGCCUGGCGCCUGGGCAGCAUCGGAGGAGGAUCCCACCGAAAGGGGCCCAUCAUGCCCGGACACCUGCAGGAAGGCUUCGGUUGCAUCGUUACGAACCGCUUUGACCAGCUCUUGGACGACGAAUCCGACCCCUUCGAGGUGAUCCAGGCGGCUGAGAGCCGCAAGAAAGAGAGCGCCGGCGGAGGAGGUGGAGGCGGCGGUGGAGGAGGCCACCAAGGCGGCCGUGGGGGAGGCGGCGGCGGUGGCGGGCAAGCGGCCCAGGCCAACUCUUCCUCGGGCGGCGGUUCGGGCCAGGCCGGCUCCGGUGGCGGGAGCGGCAGCGCUGCCAAACAGCUGCGCAGGGAGUCGCAGAAGGAGCGCAAGAACCCGUUGCCGCCCUUCGCCUCCUCCGCUGGGCCUGGCGGCGCUGGGGACCGGCGGGAGGAUGGCGGCGGGCAGCCCGGUUCCGCGCCCCUCAGAAAGGAAGGGAUAAGGCGAAUUGGCAGAAGGCCUGAUCAGCAGCAGCCUCAGGGCGAAGGCAAGCCUAUUGAGAGGAGGCAAGAGAGGCGGCCUCCUCGUGAACGACGAUUUGACAAACCUGCUGAAGAAAAGGGUGAAGGAGGAGAAUUUUCUGUUGAUAAACCAAUUAUUGAUCGUCCUAUGCGUGGCCGCGGUGGCCCAGGUGGGCGAGGUGGCCGUGGUGGCAGAGGUCGUGGCAUGGGCAGAGGUGAUGGCUUUGACUCCCGAGGCAAACGUGAAUUUGAUAGGCAUAGUGGAAGUGACAGAUCUUCUCUUUCACAUUCACAUUUCAGUGGUCUGAAGCCUGAAGAUAAGCGUGGUGGAAGUGGAUCGCACAACUGGGGAACUGUCAAAGAUGAGCUAACUGACUUGGAUCAAUCAAAUGUGACAGAGGAAACACCUGAGGGGGAGGAGCAUCCACCCGCUGAUUCAGAGAAUAAAGAGAAUGAAGUAGAAGAAGUCAAGGAAGAAGGGCCUAAGGAAAUGACUCUGGAUGAAUGGAAAGCUAUUCAAAAUAAGGAUCGUGCAAAAGUUGAAUUCAACAUCCGGAAACCAAAUGAAGGUGCUGACGGACAAUGGAAAAAAGGUUUUGUUCUCCAUAAGUCAAAGAGCGAGGAGACAAAGGGGAUGACAGAGAUGCAAGGGAGUCAGCUGGAAUCCAAUGAGUCUCACGCUGAAGACUCUGUAAUGGAUCAUCAUUUCCGCAAGCCGGCAAAUGAUAUCACAUCCCAGUUGGAGAUCAAUUUUGGAGAUCUUGGUCGUCCUGGACGUGGUGGGAGAGGUGGAAGAGGUGGCCGUGGCCGUGGGGGAAGGGCUAAUCGUGGAAGCAGAACUGACAAGUUGGUGAAGGAGUUUGAUGUGAUCCAUGCACCCAACCAGUCAAGUGCUUCUGCUCCUGAUGUUGAUGAUCCAGAAGCUUUCCCAGCUCUGUCCUAAACUGGAUGCCCUAAGCCAACCCAGCCCUUUGUUGGGCUCUCCUCUUCAAGGCUUGCAUGCUUAAGGAUCCUAAAAAACAACUUAAGAAAUUUAAAAGGGGACUCAUUCAUACCAUUCACACCUGAAGACUGAAUUUUAUCUGUUUUGAAAAUGAACUUCUCUUGCUACACAGAAGCAACAAUAUGGUAGUCAGUUUUGUAUUUAGAAAUGUAAUGGUAGCAGGGAUGUUUUCAUAAUUUUUUUUCGGAAAUUAUGCAUUCUUCAUGGAUACUUUUUUGUAUUGCUGCUUGAAAAUAUGCGUUUCCAAACUUGAAAUAUAGGUGUGAACAGUGUGUACCAGUUAAAAGUUUUCACUUCAUUUGUUUUUUUUAAGUUAGACUUAUAGAUGUGUUUUCCUUGAACUACAAUUUUAAUUCUCGCACACUAUCUUCCUUUUAAAACUGCUUAGCAGAUUGUUUUCAGUCCAUGGUCAGCUGGGAUAUGUACAGAAAAUAGUUUGGAAAUUAUUAGUACUGUGUGGAAUACUAAUUUCUGGAUUAUUUGAGUUUUUAAUACUUAAAUUUGAACUUGGAAAAGUCCAUUUUCUUCUAUCUUUGGUAAUCUCUGUAUUCAAAAUCUUUAUACAAAAUUGAUAUCAGAUACUUGAAAAAUAGUCAAAGCACAUUGGUUUAUAUUCUCCAUACCUGCUUAUGAAUCUAGAAGCUCUGUUUGGAUAAUUGGUCGAAGCCAUUUUUUAAACAAAGUUACACCUCCCAUAUUCACCCUUUUAAUCUUAUUCCCUUCUUUUUUCUUCAACAAAAACUAAUUGUCUGUUUGGUAAACUUCUUUUAAAGUUGUUAAUAUUGUUGCUACCAAAAAUACCUUGUAGACUGGAGCAGUCUUUUUUUCAAGACAUGAGAGGUUGGGAAGGGAGUGGCAUCUAUUUCUUAAUACAGUUGUUUGAAAGUACAUUGAUAUUUGUCUGGCAGUGCAGUAUAUCUACGUACAAAAGCACCAGCACUGGAUGCAUUGAAAUGCUGUUCCAUUAGCUGGAACUGUGAUCCUAAAGAAGAAACCAAAGGGCACUGUGUACUGCUUGGGAGGAGUAUUAUUUGACUUGUGUAAGUUGGAGGACAAAAGAGCAUCAAAAUGGGACAACUGUGCUCUCCGUGGGACAUAAACCAGAACCUCAACACCUAAAUGAAAUGUUGUGGAUUUUGCUCUGUUGCUUCAACUUCUGGUCUCUACUAACUGACAAGUGAAUGUUUUAUUUGCAGAGGGUGAUUGUAAGAAGUUCUCCUUCCCACUGUAGACAUUUCUUAAAGUUUAGCUUAAUCCCUGUGAACAAGAAUGUUACCACUUUCAAAACACAAGGACUUGAGAAGAGCAAAUAAUAAUAAAAAAGACUACUUAGGCUUUUUGUCUCCCAACAUUUGUUAGGAGGCUAGUGUAGGAAUAUCCAUUUAUUUAAGGUAUUAAAGCUUGGAACAUUUGUGGAUUUUCUUAAUGAGGUGGAUGGAUGAUAAUGAUGCCCCUAUUUUUAGAAACAGGACAGGCAAAAUUAUUGGAAAAGUGAAUAGUAAAUUCCUUACUUGCAGUGUUCUACUGGCUUGCAUUAUCAGAAAUAUUUCUAUCACCAUUUGUUUACACGUGUAAAGAUUACUGUAUUAGAAUGGACUCACAAUACAUUCAACUUUGCAACAUUGUAGUCAGGAAGACGGGAAGAUUUUUGCAGCAUUGUAGUCUGGAAGAGAGAUUUUUUUUAGGUGUUAAUGGUUUUGCCCGAAGGGAUAUUUUUAAGAUGGUGGACCCUUUUUUCAAAGUUUUGGGUGCUUCCUGUUGAGCACUCCUGUUUUGGAGGUAAUUGAUUUCCUUGGGUCAACAUGUGCAUAUGUUUUCAGUAGAGUUUUUCCCCCCACCAUCCAUAUUUCAUAGCACAGAAUGUCUGAAGACAUUGGAUGUUUGUUGUAUCCUUAAAAACAUUUUAUCAUGUUACCGCUGUAAAAGUAUUCUGGUCCACAAAGACAUCCAUCCUGAAUAUGUCUUUGCUGUUCUUUCCAUUCUCUUUUCUUACUGUUACCUUUUUAGGCUAGCGAUGGUCUUUUAUACCUGAAACCACAAUCCAUUUGCCCACAUUAUUCCUGAAAGCCAUGUCAGAUUGAUCCUUGACACAUCUUUCCCUCAUCUUACAACAUAUUUCUAAGACAGUUUUAGGAAAGCCUUUUAGAGAUGGCCCAUUUUCUGUUCUUUUGUGUACUUAAUUUGUGUCAAGCUGUGAAAAGAUAUUCUUUAGUAUUGGUGCGCAUUAACAAAAUAAAGGUUUAUUUUCAUGCUCUUUUAUAAAAAUGUCAUGAAAAUUGGCAUUAUGAAUGCCUCUAAUGCCAGGCAUCUUGCCAGCUUUCUGGGUUACAGAUCCCUAAAUACUGUUCCUGCUAUAGUCUCAUUCUUAGUCUAUUCUCAGUGGUGGGCAUAGCUUUGGCAAAAUACAUACUGGUAAAGUUAAUUAUAGUAUGAGCUAUUAAAUGAAUUUGACUUUCUAUCUCAUAUUCUUUUGCUUGCUUAUCCUGUUGCUACACCAUUGCAUCUAGGAGUGACUUCUCUUAAAAAGGGCCAGUGUUGAAUAUAAAUUGGUUGACUUAUUUUAAUGUUUGAGCAUGGAAGUUCAUCUUGUAUUAACUGAUCUGACUGGCAGAAAAGUUAACGAAAUGAGUGAAGGAAAACAGCACAAGGCCUACCGAGGUAAAUCUAAGGAACAAAAUUAUGUUUAUUGUGAAUAUACAUCGUUCUGUUGAACGGGUAUUGCAUCUGAUGGUUAAGUAUUGCCCUAUGAGAUUCACUUUCAUACCAUACCUGUUGACUUAAUAAAAACAGGACUGAUGUUUCUGGC